AUGAGUUUUUUGUAUUUUCAGGAUAUUGCUCGAGAUCCUACAGUGAAGGACGUAGCUCCUUUCGAAGAGCAGUGUUGGAAGGUAGCUAAUGACUCAUUGCGCAGUGAUUGUUCCUUACUUUAUCCUCCUCACAUUAUCGCCAUUGCCUCCAUCAUUGUAGGAGCUGAGUUGAUGAAUCGCGAAAAGGACAUAAAGAUGUGGCUACCAGAGUUGUCUGUUGACUUCGAGAAAGUAUACGACUGCGUCAAUACGAUAUUCGCUAUGUACAAAACCUGGAAAACUUUCGACGAAAAAGAGCAUGUGAAGCCGCUCUUUGACAAAUUGCCGAAGAUUAAUCCUGGACCGUCGUUUUGA